GGGGAUAAUAAAGCACAGAAUUUAGAGUCAGAGGACCUGCAGUCAAACAAAUCCCAACACUGUCACUACUUGUGAGGUAAGUGUAAUUAUCCCCAAAUUACAAAUGAUGAACUUGAGAAUUAGGGAGGUUAAGUAAUUUGCCCAAGGUUAUACCUAGUAAAUGAUGGAGCUACAGCUUGAAUCUGUGUUUGGCUGGCCCUGGUGGCGCAGUGGUUAAGAGCUACAGCUGCUAACCAAAAGGUCGACAGUUCAAAUCCACCAGCCGCUCCUUGGAAACCCUAUGAGACAAUUCUACUCUGUCCUGUAGGGUCUCUAUGGAUCAGAAUCGACUCUACGGCAGCGGGUUUGUUUUGUUUUUUGUUCUUUUUGGGAGCUGGCUACAAACCUGGUACGCUUUCAAGACAACUAGACAGGAAAGUUUGAAGAAUAUAGUUUAUUUUGGCAGAAAGAGAAGUUUAAUUCAUUUAACAGCUAUUUAAUGAGCACUGGAUCCAGGCGUUAGGGCACAGCAGUGAGCAAAAGGCAACUAAAGCUUUUGUUCUCAUCAAACUUAGAGUCUUGCUGGGGGAGAAAGUGAAUUUAUUAUAUCAAGAGGUGACAUUUUUAUGAAGAAAAUUAAAACAAGGUAAAGGAAAUAGGAAUAGAGUGGUGGUCGUAAGAUACUAUUUCCUAUAGAGUGGUCUGAUAAGUUGACACUUGAAUAGAAAUCUGAAAGAAAUGAGGAAGUGAGCUGUGCAGAUAUUUGAGGAAAGAACCUUUCAAGAAGAAUAAUAAUGAUUCUGAACCAAAAGAAGCCUUGGCAUCUUCCAGAAACAGCCCGGAAGUAUGUGUGGCUGGAGAACAGAUGAAUUCAGAGAGUUAGCCAGGGAAGAGCCAUGUAGAACUUGGUAAAACUUAGUUAAGGUUUACUUUUUUCUGUGAGUAUUUAGAGGAUUUUGAAUGUAGGAGUAACAUAAUCUUACUUUUCUAAAAGAUCACUUUAGUUAUUGUAUGGAGAAAAGAAUAUAAAUUGACAAAGAUGGAAGCAAGAAGACCAGUUAGGAAGCUGUUGCCAUAAUCCAGGUGUACCAACAUUCGACCAGGAGAGACUGGAAUGGAUGUAACAAGCCGCUGCACCCUUGGAGACCCCAACAAACUGCCAGAAGGGGUUCCCCAACCUGCCCGCAUGCCCUAUAUCUCAGACAAGCACCCUCGACAAACCUUGGAAGUGAUUAACCUUCUGAGAAAGCACCGGGAGCUAUGUGAUGUGGUGCUAGUUGUGGGCGCUAAGAAGAUAUAUGCCCAUCGAGUCAUUUUGUCAGCCUGUAGCCCCUACUUUAGAGCUAUGUUUACAGGAGAAUUGGCAGAGAGCCGUCAGACAGAAGUGGUGAUCCGAGACAUAGAUGAGAGGGCUAUGGAACUACUGAUUGACUUUGCAUAUACCUCCCAGAUAACUGUGGAAGAGGGCAAUGUUCAGACCCUUCUGCCAGCUGCUUGCCUCCUCCAGCUGGCAGAAAUACAGGAGGCUUGCUGUGAAUUCUUGAAGAGACAAUUAGAUCCUUCUAACUGCCUGGGCAUUCGAGCUUUUGCUGACACACAUUCAUGUCGUGAGUUGCUAAGGAUAGCAGACAAAUUCACUCAGCAUAACUUCCAAGAGGUGAUGGAAAGUGAAGAAUUCAUGUUGCUUCCAGCCAAUCAACUCAUUGAUAUAAUAUCUAGUGAUGAGCUAAAUGUUCGCAGUGAAGAGCAGGUGUUUAAUGCAGUGAUGGCCUGGGUCAAAUACAGUAUUCAAGAAAGACGUCCUCAACUACCCCAGGUGCUGCAACAUGUUCGUCUGCCUUUGCUUAGUCCCAAGUUCCUGGUGGGUACAGUAGGCUCUGAUCCCCUCAUUAAAAGUGAUGAAGAAUGCAGAGACUUGGUAGAUGAGGCUAAAAACUACCUCCUGUUGCCUCAAGAACGACCACUAAUGCAGGGACCAAGGACAAGACCACGGAAACCUAUCCGAUGUGGAGAAGUGCUCUUUGCAGUUGGUGGUUGGUGCAGUGGGGAUGCCAUUUCCAGUGUUGAACGAUAUGACCCACAGACUAACGAAUGGCGAAUGGUAGCUUCAAUGAGCAAAAGGCGAUGUGGAGUUGGGGUCAGUGUUCUUGAUGACCUGUUAUAUGCAGUGGGAGGCCAUGAUGGAUCCUCUUAUCUCAAUAGUGUUGAAAGAUAUGACCCCAAAACAAACCAAUGGAGCAGUGAUGUGGCCCCAACAAGCACCUGCAGGACAAGUGUCGGUGUGGCAGUGCUGGGAGGCUUUCUCUACGCUGUGGGUGGCCAGGAUGGUGUGUCUUGCCUCAACAUUGUUGAGAGGUAUGAUCCAAAGGAGAACAAGUGGACUCGAGUGGCUUCUAUGAGUACCAGAAGACUAGGCGUGGCAGUGGCUGUGUUAGGAGGAUUUUUAUAUGCUGUAGGUGGCUCUGAUGGGACAUCUCCACUCAAUACAGUGGAGCGCUACAAUCCUCAGGAAAACAGAUGGCACACUAUAGCCCCUAUGGGGACCCGGAGGAAGCACCUAGGCUGUGCAGUGUAUCAGGACAUGAUCUAUGCCGUAGGAGGUAGAGAUGACACUACAGAGCUUAGCAGCGCCGAGAGAUACAACCCUAGAACCAACCAGUGGUCUCCAGUGGUGGCUAUGACAUCCCGCCGUAGUGGAGUUGGCCUGGCAGUGGUGAAUGGACAGCUUAUGGCGGUAGGAGGUUUUGAUGGCACAACGUACUUGAAGACCAUUGAAGUUUUUGAUCCUGAUGCCAAUACAUGGAGGUUAUAUGGCGGGAUGAAUUAUCGUCGACUAGGGGGUGGCGUAGGAGUUAUUAAAAUGACACAUUGUGAGUCCCAUAUAUGGUAAAAAUCUAGAAGAUGGUCAUGUAUACAUAUGCUCCUCUGUAUUCUGGAGAGCUUUGACUUUGAAGCUUUGUACAACUCAAGAAAACAUUACAACAAAUUUUAUUCUUUGCCGGUGCCUCAACAUAUGGAAAUACAAAUCCAAUGAAAAUACUUCACCUGCAAGAUGCCACCUUUGCACAAUAAUUUUCAACCCUGUGCAGAAGAAUAUUUAUUUUUGGUUUUAAUUUAUCAUGAACUUUUUUUUGUACUCAUCCUUCCUCCCACCAAAAAAGAAAAAAGAAAGAAAAAUAAGACAGAAAUUUGAAGCAGCAAAACUUUAUUUUUAAGGUAUUGAUUACAUUUGAAAAUACUAAUAAGAGGAGAAGGGCUAUGUAUGAUCUGGGUUGUUAUUUCUAACACUCCACCCACAUGACUCCACUACUUAUAAGGAUUGCCUGUGACAAAGAUAUGCAAAAUGUGUUAGCUAGCCAUCAUUCUUGCACUUAAAGCACCAGAAGACUUGGAAAUUUAAAAAAAAAAAAGGAAACAUCUCAUUUUAAGUAGUACACUUCAAAAGAAAGACUAAAUCAGUAAAAUCAGGACUCAGUGCUGCAGUUUUCAUCAGUGGAAGUUUGAGUCUUGUUUCCUUCUGUUAUUUGAACCUAAUUGUUUUCUGCUGUAUUUAAAGUCUUUUUUCAUAAUACUCUCAUAGAGUUUCUGCUAGAUCUAGAGCUCUGCUCAGUGCCUCUAAAAAAAACAGCAUAUGAGUCUCAUGCUGUCUUUGAGAAUCACCCAAAAGAAUCAUCUGCAACUCUGCAGGAAUUUUUGCCAACUGAAGCAAUUUUUCUCCCUAUUUUCUUAUUGCCACCAAGGACCAGCAGGGAGAAAUGUACUCUCCCCAUCAGUGAAUACUGUUAUGCAAUUCUUUAUACGUGAUGCUCAGGCCUGGUGAAGCUGAGGCUUACCUUUAAUCAGCCUUCAAGGGAGUGAAUUCUUCAGUUCAUAUAAUAAUACACAUUAAUGAGUAUAAAACCAACUGAGGCAUUUUAUUAAUAAUAUCUUGGUUCUUUUAUACAAACUAUAUAUCAUUAUCUUCAUUCCACAAGGCCACUGCUACUACUUCUCUCAAAUUGCACUUUCUGGUGAACAGUUAAAAAUUUUAAGAGAAAAAAAUUCAGUGGUUAAAGUAUUUUUUUGUUUUUUGUUUUCAUUGUGUUCAUAGAUAAAUUUUUUUCAGUGUAUUUUGCAGGAAAAUGUUUGAACAAGACUUUAAUCGCAACCGAAACGAAUAACCUUCUCCACCCUCCCCCCGCCACAAAAAUAUCUGGCAACUUUUAUGUUUACAUUUAAAGAUCAUUUGCACCUUUACAAGGAAAAAAAAUAUGUAUUUGUUAAACAAUUGUUUACAUGUAUCAUUUAUGCUUUUUUCUAGCAUGUAUAACUUUUUUAAAUAAAGGUAGUAUUUACCAUAAAAAUUUUUUUUGGCUAAUGCUUUUUAUA